CGCACGCACACGCACGCCCCGGAGGAGCUCUGCAGAACAGGUGACUGACUGACAGCAGUGGUUGUGCGGUGAUGAUGAUGUAAUGUUGCUACAGAUGGCGGUGUGUGCCAGGCUCUGUGGAGUGGGUCAGUCGCGGCGGUGCCGGAGGCGGCAGAGGCACAGCCAGGAUCAGAACAGCGACUCCGAGGUGGACAUGGACGACGAGGAGGAAGAGGAGAGGGUCGUGGGCAAAAUGAAAGACGAGCCCAAUGGCAGCAGCUGUCAGAACAGGCGCGGCGCGGGGCCUAGCGGGGCCGGGGGACUCUGCGGUUCUGCGGACUCUGCUGGGCCUCCACACCCGCAGUCACUGCUGGAUCUUCCGCCGGAGCUUCUUGUUCAGAUCUUCUCUUCUCUGCCCGGCACUGCGCUGCCCAACCUGGCGCUGGUGUGCAAGAAAUUCAGGCAGAUUCUCAACACGGAAACAAUCUGGAGGAGAAGAUGCACAGAGGAAUUCGGUAUGAGAGAUGACCUGCGGAAGAUGGAGACAGUGGGAAUGUCGAGCCGAGAUCUGUAUGUGAAACGUGUGAACCCGCAGGUGAAGUCGGGACGCUUUAUGAAGCUCCUCCCUGAUUAUGAGCAUAUGGACUAUCGGGACGUGUACACACACUUGUUACAUCCCUAUAGACACAUCCUGGGUCUCUGGCAGCCUGAUAUCGGCCCCUAUGGAGGACUGCUGAAUGUGGUGGUUGAUGGUCUAUUCAUCAUAGGCUGGAUGUAUUUACCACCCCAUGAUCCCCGUGUGGAGGACCCCAUGCGUAGACGGCCCCUUUUCCGUAUACAUAUGUGGGAGAAAAACAAAGCCACAGUAGAAUGUAUGUACGGACAUAAGGGCCCUCAUAAAGGAGACAUUCAGACUGUGAAGAAAGAUGAAUUUUCCACCAAAUGCAACCAGACCGAUCACCAUCGGAUGCCUGGAGGAAGGCAAGAGGAAUUCAGAACAUGGUUGGAGGAGGAAUGGGGACGAACGCUGGAGGACAUUUUCCACGAGCACAUGCAGGAGUUGAUCCUCAUGAAGUUCAUUUACACCAGCCAAUACGAUAAUUGCCUGACGUACCGGCGGAUCUAUCUGCCCCCGUGCCUGCCUUCAGACCUCCUGCAGCCGGGCCUCUUCAAAGGGACGUACGGCAGUCACGGCCUGGAGAUUAUCAUGCUGAGCUUCCAUGGCUCCAACGCCAAAGCCACCAAACUUACUGGGGACCCCAAUGUCCCGGCAGGUCAGCUGACGUUAGAAGUCGACCUGAACCGGCCGGUGCGUCUACCAGACCUGGAGACCCAGCGCAACAUGGAAGAGCUGUCCCGUCUGGUGCGGGGGGUGCACGAGGAGGCCCAGAGCGCCUCACAGGUCCGGGACGCCCCUGCAGAGGGGGCGGAGGGCUCAGAUUCAGCGCCCCCUGCUGGAGCGGAGGGGGUCGAGCCGGGAGAACCUGAACCUCAACCUUUCGUGCUGCCUCUGGGGGUCAUGGCCCGUAAUGAAGUGUACCCUCGCACCUGCAAGAAGUGUUUUUACGGGACUGGCUUGAUCGCUGGCCACGGCUUCACGAGUCCGGAGCGCACGCCGGGUCUGUUCGUCCUGUUCGAUGGCGACCGCUUUGGCUUCAUUUGGCUGGAGCUGAAGUCCUUCAGCCUGUACAGCCGUCUGAGCGACCAGCUGCCCCACGCUCAGGCUCCCAGCAUGCAGCGCUUCGAGGCCAUGCUCCGCAACAUGCAGUCGUGGACGUCCUGAUAGCCAACCUCACACUACUGUAGCCAUCAGGCACACACUCUGGUAUUGCGCUCUCCGCCACAGACCCCACCGGGACACACACACACACACACACACACACACACACACUCCCGCUUGCAUCCGCACAGCUGUAUUCACAGCCACACGCCCAUACGGUUGUAUUAUAUAAGGCCUUUCUUAUCAGCUUUUUAAUUAAGUUAUUUUUGUAACCUGGAAAUGGCGCCGAAGAUGACGACAAUGUGAAAACUCACCCGUAUACUCUGCUGAGCGUGCCUCUGACACCUUUAUCCAGACUCGAAAUCCUGUGCUUU